AUGAUGUUUUCCUGCAGGAAAGGCUUUUCCCCUCCUGUUGCUGCUUCGUUUGCACCUCCAAAGGGGAGCCCUGGUGCUGCAGGUCCCCAAAAGGCUCUUUUCUUCUUGCUUUCCCAGCUGGAAGACCUGAAGAAUGAGAUCGAGAAGAGGCAGGCCAAAAAUGCCACCAAAUUCCCAGAGAAUUCCCAGCUGGACACUGAGGCACAAGGGCGAGAAGAGAAGAACCAGCAACCAGACAUAAGGAGCACCGUCAGCAGGUGUGGAAAGGUGACUUUCCAGCUCCCGGCAGGUGCUUGUCCGGAGUCAGAGGAGAGAUCCUGCCACUUCUCCUGGAGGAACGGAGCGCUGAAGGAGACCCUGAGGAAGCUGCAAGCCGCCGUGACGCUGGACCCGGCCACGGCGCAUCCCGACCUCAUCCUGUCGGAGGACGGCAAGAGCGUGCGGGGCGGCGCGGGCCGCCGGGCCCUGCCGGACAACCCGGAGCGCUUUGACUACUGGCCCUUCGUGCUGGGCUGCCAGGGCUUCGCGGCCGGGCGGCACUGCUGGGACGUGGAGGUGGGCGACAGCGGGGACUGGGCGCUGGGGGUGGCCCGGGACUCGAUCCAGCGCAAGGGGCACCUCAGCCUCUGCCCGCAGGGGGGGAUCUGGGGCCUGGAGAAGUGGGGGGGGCAGGUGCGGGCCCUCACUGCCCGCAGGGUGACGCUGCUGCCGCAGCGCUGGGCUCCGCGCAGGGUCAGCGUCCACCUGGAUUACGGCGGCGGGACCGUGGCGUUCUUCGAUGCCGACGAAGGGGGGCUCAUGUUCAUCUUCUCCCGCGCGGCCUUCACAGGGGAGAGGGUCCGGCCCUGGCUCUGGGUGGUGGGAGCCCGGUCCCAGCUCAGGCUGUGUCCGUGAGACACG